AUGGACGAUCUGGAGAAAGUGAAAAUAGAUGAUCCAGGAUUGGAUGUGCCCCAUGCAGUUGAACUGAAACUGGCCUAUCCUUAUACCAUUUUCCACAAGUUUGAAAAAGUCCAACUAGUUAUCAUUUUAAGUUUGGUUGGAUUUUGGAGCACAGUUAGUUCACCAAUUUAUUUUCCGGCAUUACCUACUUUAACUGAGUAUUUCCACACAACUGAGGAUAUUAUCAACAUUUCCGUUGUAUGUUAUCUCUUGUUUCAAGGAAUCACACCGACUGUGUCUUCGAAUCUCGCUGAUACGUUUGGAAGACGACCAGUGAUAUUGGCAAGCAUUUUAGUGUUCAUCGCUGCGUGUAUCGCUCUUUCGCAGACAAAUGUCUAUUGGUUAUUAGCUGUGCUAAGAUGCAUACAAGCUGCUGGUAUUGCCCCUGUUAUUGCUAUAAGUUCAGGAAUUUCGGGUGAUGUAUGCACUCCAGAAAAUCGUGGUGGUUUGGUCGGUACUAUCUCUGGAUUGCAGUUAUUGGGAAACGGACUAGGUGGUUUAAUUGGUGCCGCAUUAAUAAGUGGAUUUCAUACUUGGAGAUCAAUCUUUGUGUUCUUAGCCAUUGGUGGAGGCGUGACUUUUGUUUUGGCCUUUUUCAUUCUUGCUGAGACAUCGAGAAGAAUUGUUGGAAAUGGAACCGUCAUGCCUAAAAACCUUAUGUAUAAAUCAGCCACCAUCUACUUGCCUUCAUUCCAAAAGAAAAUGACUAAUGAUUAUGUUACUAUUGUCGGCAAAAAGCCAUUUGAUAUUUUGGGCCCAUUUAAAAUCUUUAUUCAAAAAGAAAUAUUUCUCAUACUAUUACCUUCGGGUUUACAUUUUGCAGCCUGGACAAUGGUGUUGACCUCAUUGUCGACAGAGCUAGAGUCGUCAAAGUACAAUUAUAGCGUGUUGCAUGUGGGGCUUAUAUAUCUACCUCAGGGGAUUGCUUGUCUUGUUGGAUCCAUGUCAGUUGGCAGAUUUAUGAAUUGGUACUACAGAAGAUGCAGAGUUGCUUAUGAUAAACAAGUGGAGGAUAUCCCAUUGGAUCAAAGACCCCCUUUCAAUCAAGUUGCAACUAGACUAACUUUAUGUGUUGCUCCUGCCACAUUAAUGAUUAUUGGGUUGAUAAUAUUUGGAUGGUGUAUUCAGUACAACCAACAUAUCAUUUCAAUCAUUAUAUCAACCAUAUUAAUUGCAUUUGCAUCAGCGGUGUUUAUUUCAAUUUGCACUACAUUACUAGUUGAUUUACACCCAGCCCAAGGCAGUGCUUCAACCAGUUGUUUAAAUUUAAUGAGGUGUUGGUUAGCUGCUUUGGGCGUAGGGGUGUUGGACAAAAUGAUUGCUGCUAUGGGCUUGGGGGGUACUUAUACUUUAGUGGCUGGAUUUUGCCUCUUGUUUGAUUUGUGUUUGAUAUAUGUUCUUCACUCAGCUAAUAAAAGAAUCAAACACCAUUAA